AUUUAUUUCAUUUUUUUUGCAAUAAAAAUCUGCAACCAAUUUUGUGUUUUUUUUCGAAUAAAAAAAAGAAAAAAAUAAUGACCAUUCACUUAAUUACUUUACAUUAAAAUCAAUUAACAAAUAAACAAAAUGAAGAGAUAAAAAAAAACCUUCAAACAAGAAAACUCUUUGUUUUAUGAAAGUAAAAUCCAAUCAGAAACAGAAACAUUUUUAUAACAAAACCAAGAGAAAAAACUACUCAACAAAACUCCAAAAACUCCUACAGAAUAUUCUCUAAUUAAUUUCUUCAAUAAAACAUGGCAAGUCCAAGAACACGUCGUGUUUUGCAAGAGCUCAAACCCCAAGAUGAAAAUAGUAAAUGCUUCGAAUGCGGAGCCCAUAAUCCACAAUGGGUUUCAGUAACUUAUGGCAUAUGGAUAUGCUUGGAGUGUUCGGGUAAACAUCGUGGUCUCGGGGUGCAUUUGUCAUUUGUGCGUUCAGUCACAAUGGACAAAUGGAAAGACAUUGAAUUGGAAAAGAUGAAAGUUGGUGGCAAUCGCAAGGCCAGAGACUUUUUUGACGAUCAAUCUGAUUGGAAUGACAGUGCACCAAUUCAACAGCGUUAUAAUUCAAAAGCUGCUGCAUUGUAUCGCGAUAAGAUUACCACAUUGGCACAGGGCAAAAGUUGGAAUUUGAAAGAGGCUGAGAAGGGUUUACCUUCACGUUCUGGUGGGGGAUUUGGUAAUAGUUCUUCAUCAACAACAGGAGGCAAUUCAAUUUCGCAUUCAAAGAGUAGUGGUUCGUUUACUAGCAAUCAAGGACAUUCAUCAACUGGUGGUGGGUCGACUGGUGGCUAUCAGAAUGGAGGUGGCUAUAAUGACAGCAAUUUGACUUAUCAAAAUUUGAAUAGCCAAGAAUUCAAAGAUCAGAAGGAGGAUUUCUUUAAUAAAAUGCAGGAGCAGAAUGCAACGAGACCUGAUCAUUUGCCACCAAAUCAAGGAGGUAAAUACUCUGGCUUCGGAUAUACUCGUGAUCCACCACCAAAGACUCAAUCCCAGGAAAUUCUUGAUUCAACUCUGUCUUCGUUGGUUUCGGGCUGGAGCUUAUUGUCAUCUGGAGCAUCUAAAAUUGCAGUAACAGCUAAAGAAAAGGUUGUGACGUACGGUAAUGUGGCAUCUAGCAAGAUUAGAGAUGGUGGUUUGCUUGAAACCGUUAGCACUCAAGUGUCUGAUGUAGCUUAUAAGGUAACUGACAUAAGCAAACGGGGUUGGAGUAAUUUAGCCGGAAGUAAUAUUAACUCACCACAAGGCGGCUACACCGGAUUUAAUCAAGAGACACGUUCCGAAGGCGGAUAUCAACGAUCACAAUCGGCGGGAAAACUUUCUUCGCAAUCAAAUCCUAACGACAUUGAUUGGGGCUGGAAUGAGGACACUUUACAAUCCAAUCAAUCUUCUUUAUCCUAUCAGAAUGCAGUAAACACCACCGCAGACAACAACGGUGCAGACAGUGACGACUGGUCUGGCUUUGACACAAGUAGUUAUCAGAAUGCUUAUCAAAAUCAGCAAACUACAACAACAGAAACGAAAAAGACCACAGUGAAAACAUCAUCAACUACAACUAAAAAGAAUCUAAAACUUUCCAGCAACAAAUCCCAAGGUGAUGGGGAUGGUUUCGAGGAUUUAGACGUGAAAAAUGUCAAACCUAAAAAUGCAAAUCAAUUGAAUAAUGCAGAAGAUGAUGCUUGGAAUUUACUCAAUAACUAGAAAGCUCAGAAUUUCUUUGAGAGUUAUUCAUUUGUUUUUUUUUUUUUUAGGUUUAUAUAAAAUUGUAAUCGAAAAAGAGAUAUAAAAUAUUUAAUUAUUAUUAUUUUUUUUUGUCAUUGUCCAUGUAAUACCGCACUGUUAUUCAAUUUACAACUUUUGUGGCAAACAGAAAAUUAAAUAAAAUUUAUAGAACAUUCGCAUA